AGGGCGGGCACAUUUUUCACUCGCUCGUCAGACCACUAUAACAGACCAGAGAUUGAACGCCUUAAAAUCGCCUAAAAAUGAGUUCACUCGCUGUCAAAUUCGCUAAGUUCUUGAGAGUCUCUUCUCCUGCUGCCACUACCUCUUCUCCAGUGGUGGGUUUGCAGAGAAGCUUUAAAACAUUGUACUCAACUGAAUCAUUUAGUGGAGAGAAUGAUGUCGGGAAGAAUAAUGAGUUGGACGAGGAGUUUGAUGAUUUUCUUGGUGAGAAACCUGAGUUACAAAUACAAGGUGUUGAUCCUAGGAAAGGUUGGGGAUUUCGUGGCGUCCAUAAGGCUAUCAUCUGUGGGAAAGUUGGGCAAGCUCCUGUACAAAAAAUCUUGAGGAAUGGCCGGACAGUAACUAUUUUUACUGUUGGAACAGGGGGCAUGUUUGACCAAAGAAUAGUAGGAGCAAAAGACUUGCCAAAACCUGCUCAGUGGCAUCGAAUUGCUGUGCAUAAUGAGACUCUUGGGGCCUAUGCUGUUCAACAACUUGCCAAAAAUUCUUCUGUUUAUGUUGAGGGCGAGAUUGAAACUAGAGUUUACAAUGAUAGUAUAAGUGGUGAAGUUAAGAACAUUCCAGAAAUUUGCAUACGUCGUGACGGGAAGAUUCGCCUCGUAACAAGCGGAAAAAACGUCAGUGAUAUUUCGUUUGACGAUCUUCGCGAGGGACUGUUUUAGCUGAAAGUGAGUCUACAUCAAAAAUCUUAGUUUUGGAAAGCAUGACUUCCUGGAUCCUUUUUGUAAGAUUUAGAUACUGUUCUAGUGUGACAAGUCGAUUAUUUGGUUCAGUAUUUUAAUUAAAGACUUGGUUGUUUAGUCAGUCUUCUGUCUAUAUUCUCUUUUCUUCUGUGUGGUUGUGGGCGGCAUGCAUAUGCUUCCUUUUUUUCUUUUUUCUUUGUUAGUUCAUGUUUUCAACAUAAUUUGGGAAUAGUCUUACACUCCGUAGAUUUGAAUAUGAGAUUUUCAAGUUGAAUUCGAAGUCUAAAAUGUUGGUA